CCGCCCAAAACUCUGUCACCACGUUUACUUCCGCUGCAAUGGCAUCCAUCGUCGAUAUUGAUUGUCCAAAGCUAGUCAAGAGAAAAGAAUCAACGAAAAAGUUCAGAUAUCAGCGACAAUCUGGUACCACUGCCGAACACUGUUGUGUGCCUUUAUGCCAGAACUCAAGUAAGUACAACGGUGUGCUUAGUUUUUUUACCUUUCCUGUGGAUGAGGAGCUCAGACGCAAAUGGGUAGUCGUCAUCCGCAGGGGUCACUUUGUUAUUACACCUCACACCCGGGUGUGUAGUCGGCAUUUUAAAGAGGAGGAUAUACGAGAGCCUACAUCAGAGAACGGGCGGCGAUUACUUAAAAAGGGAGCUGUUCCAGCAUUAUUUCAGUGGAACAACUUCUCCCUUCCCCCUCCAAGACCGGGUGUCUGGGAGAGAAGACCGAGACCGCCACCUAAGGAGAGCCUUCCAGAAAGCGCAGACGCAUUAGGCCAAGAGGACCAUGACUACGCCGUGGGUCCCGAUCCCGCAUUUGUGGACCUGGUGCUUGAGGAAAAUGCAGCUCUUCAAGAGGAAACCCGCCAGCUGAGACAGCAGGUCGAGAGACUUACGUUGACGCAGAGGUUCGGCAUCCACCGUUUCGCUUCCUCGGACAAAGACAUCCGUUUUUUCACCAGGUUUGCAUCACAUGAUCUGCUCAUGCGUUUCUGGGCCUUGAUCGAACCUUCUCUGCCAUCAAUGACGAGUGUAAGGCAAGCUCAGAGAGGCACACUCACUGAGGCAAACGCUACCAUCCACUCCCUUCAGCCCAUCGAUGAGCUGUUCCUAUUUCUCAAUUACCUGGCCCUUGGCUCCAAGCAGCGGGAUCUUGCUGACCGGUACGAAGUCCAUCAGUCCACAGUCAGUCGGAUCAUCACAUCAUGGAGCAACUUCUUACAUGCAGUGCUUGGCUCGGUGAGGAUUUGGAUACCCCAGGAGCAGAUCCAGGAACAUUUGCCAGCAGAUUUCAAGGACUACCCUGACACUAAUGUCAUCCUUGACUGCACGGAGUUGAGGUGUCAGUGCCCAUCUUCCCCGCUCCUCCAGAGUGAGGUAUUUUCCAGUUACAAGUCCCACUGCACUCUGAAAGGACUCAUUAGGAUUGCCCCACAUGGGGCAAUAACAUUCAUAUCUGGACUGUACGCCGGGUCAAUCAGCGACAAACAGAUCACACGUGAAUGUGGUGUGCUUAAACUCCUGAAACCUGGGAUGGCUGCCAUGGUAGACAGAGGUUUUCUCAUUGAUGACAUUGCACCGUGCAAAGUUUACAGACCAGCAUUCCUGUCCGGCAGGUCUCAGAUGUCAGCUUGUGAUGUUAGGGAGACCCAGGCCAUUGCACGUCUCAGGGUCCAUGUUGAGCGUUUAAUUCGGCGGGUAAAGGAGCACAAAUUCUUUGACUCAGUAAUACCCCUUCGGCUUUUUGGAAGCAUUAAUCAAAUUUACACCGUGGCCUGUCUCCUCACAAAUUAUGAGAACGGGCCUCUUGAAAAGCAUGGGCUAAGUAAGUGCUUAUAUUUGCUUUUAUUGUAAAUAUCUUUGUAUAGUGUGCUGAUAUGUACCAAGGAGUUCAUUUAAUUUCCUUCAUUACAUACAUACAUACAUACAUACAUACAUAC